GUCGCGUGUCUUGCCCGUUUGUGUGGCUGUGAGAGUGUGAGAAAGACUUGUACGGGAAGAAGAGAAAAGACCGUAGACGUGUGUGGGUGCGAUUUAAAUAUCUGGUGUUCUCAGGUGGCACCCGGCGCUCGGAUUGACAUCGACAACAAGACGACUCCAUUGGAUCUAUUAUUUCUACUAGGGUCUGUGUUGAUUUGAGGCAGAAAAAUGUCAGGACAGAGCAUUACGGACCGGAUAACCGCGGCUCAACAUAGUGUCACCGGUUCGGCUAUUUCCAAAACUGUGUGUAAGGCGACCACACACGAAAUAAUGGGGCCAAAGAAGAAACAUUUGGACUACCUGAUUCAGUGCACAAAUGAGAUGAAUGUGAACAUCCCUCAGUUGGCCGACACACUGUUUGAGCGGACCGCCAACACCAGCUGGGUGGUGGUCUUCAAGUCCCUCACCACCACACACCACCUGAUGGUCUACGGCAAUGAGAGAUUUAUUCAAUAUCUGGCUUCAAGAAACACUCUCUUCAACCUAAGCAACUUUCUGGACAAAAGUGGUUUACAAGGUUACGACAUGUCAACAUUCAUCAGGAGGUAUAGCCGCUACCUGAAUGAGAAGGCUGUGUCCUACAGACAAGUUGCUUUUGACUUCACUAAAGUGAAAAGAGGGUCGGAUGGUGUAAUGAGAACUAUGAACACAGAGAAGCUUCUGAAGACGAUUCCGAUCAUCCAAAACCAGAUGGACGUCCUCCUCGACUUCAAUGUCAAUGCCAAUGAACUGACAAACGGAGUGAUCAAUGCUGCCUUCAUGCUUCUGUUCAAAGAUGCCAUUCGACUGUUUGCAGCCUACAAUGAGGGGAUCAUAAAUCUUCUUGAAAAAUACUUUGACAUGAAGAAAGUACAGUGCAAAGAAGGUCUCGACAUCUAUAAGAAAUUUCUCACACGAAUGACUAGGAUUUCAGAAUUUCUCAAAGUUGCAGAGCAAGUAGGAAUUGACCGAGGAGACAUCCCAGAUCUGUCUCAGGCCCCCAGUAGCCUGUUGGAUGCCCUGGAGCAGCAUCUGGCCUCUUUAGAAGGAAAGAAAGUCAAAGAUUCGACAGCAGCCAGCAGGGCCAGCACUCUGUCCAAUGCAGUCUCGUCUCUGGCUAACACGGGCAUAUCCUUCACCAAAGUGGAUGAGAGGGAAAAGCAGGCUGCGCUGGAGGAAGAACAGGCUCGCCUAAAAGCACUAAAAUUGUCCAAGGAGCAGCGUCUGAAGGAGCUCCAGAAGAACCCAACAGCGGCCACCACAGACUCUUCUCCAGUCUCCACAAUGGGAGGCAGCAUCAACUCUGCCCCAGCUAUCGACCUCUUCUCCACCCCUAGCUCCAACAACAGCAGCUCUAAAGCCGCCAAUGACCUUCUGGACCUGCAGCCCGCCUUCCAGCAGCCACUGCCCCUGUCCACGGGCAACACAUGGGGAGAUCCCUUUGCGUCUUCUGCCGAUGUUGCGGAGGACAUACCCAACGCAAACCCUUUCCUCACUCUUCCUGUUGUUGAUGUCCACCUGUCCAUGGCGCCCUCAGACAAUGGCAGCCUGUCCUCUAGAACGCCUAGCCAUGAAAUGUUCGGGUUCAAUGCCUCUCCAACGCCACAGAACUCCCAGGGCCUUAAUGUUGACUUUGAUUCGGUGUUUGGGAACAACACUAACGCCAACAACCUGGACUCUACAGGUGGCAUCCUCAAACCCACAGUGGCAUCUUCUCCCAACCAAGCCCUGACUCCCAACGGACAGCAGGCCAACAAGCUCGUGUCAAACGAUCUGGAUUCCUCUCUGGCCAACCUGGUCGGCAAUUUGGGGAUUGGCAAUGGAACAGCAAAGAACGAUCUGCACUGGAGUCAGCCUGGAGAGAAGAAGCUAACCGGAGGAACCAACUGGCAGCCCAAGACUGCCCCCUCCACCACCUGGAACCCCGCUACCAUGAACGGCAUGCUAUUCCCACAAUACGCUCCAUCUGUCAUGGCCUUCCCGGCAACCACCCCGACGGGCAUGAUGGCAUAUGGAAUGCCUCCACACAUUGGUUCCAUGAUGAUGACCCAGCCCACAAUGAUGUACACUCAGCCUGUGAUGAGGCCGGCCAACCCCUUCGGUUCUGCCUCUGGAGCACAGAUGCAGUUCAUGUAACCUGUACACGGGGAGGAGUUUUCCCACCUGAAGAAGCUUAUAAUCAGUCAAAACUCAAAGCAGGCUUCGGUUUGCUCCUAAUAAACUCAUCGCCCUCUGAGAUGGAACGGCCCGAUAUGGACUCGAGGAAUAAAACCACACG